AUGAUUCAUAAUUCAUGGUUUCAUGUGGAGGCGAACGUGAAGGACGACAUUUUCGACGCAACGACGAUGCAGAAGAAGAAGAAGAACGUUAUGGAUGUGUCUUCUUUCAUGUUGUUUGAAGCAACUGGUGAUUCUGAGGCUGAUGCAGUAUCAUCAGAUGAUGAUCAUCCCAUGUUGUCUAUGGCUGAUGAGGAUGAUGCUCAAUCGUGCAGUUACGAUUCGUUUGAUCGGAACCCUAUUGCUGAUGAUGUGCUCAAUGAUCUUGAUGAUCAUGGUCGCGAUGACGAUGAUCGUGGCAACGAUGAGGAGGAGGACGAAGAAGAAGAAUGUUCAUCAGUUUAUGAUCAUCAUCAAAGAUGGAGGAGUGGGGAAAAUGUUGGUAUGCCAUUGAUGGGGGGACACCAGCUGAAAUCAACUGUGUCCGUUGAUUCAACCAAAGAGUUUGAGUUGUUGAAUGAGGUGGAGAAGAGCAGGCUAUUUUGGGAAACUUGCUUGGCCUCAUGA